AAAGAAAUCAAAAAAGACCUGGAUUGUAAAAGUAAAACCGCUAAAUUAUACUAUUAAUGUAAGCUUCCGGAGAGAACGUAUUAAUUAAAUUUAAAAAAAAGUCUAAAACGUCAUUUCCGCUUUGUGCCAACGUUUAUUAAAGUGUCACGUCAGGUUACAGCUCAUACAGUUUUAUAUCACGUUUGUUGCUCUAGGUAGUGAUUUGAUGAGUGUUACCAAAAAGGGUCAAACGCCAAUGAGUUAAAAACACUCCUUCAAUUGUUUAAUUGACUUUUCUUUUAUUAACAACAUUAACAAAAACUAAAAUGCAACUCUACGUUGAGACAGCGAGGGAGUUUGUUAAAACGCACGCCAUCGGUAUCACCGUCGCAGUUGUAACAGGGGCAAGCCUGCUGGCCUUGCGGAGGUGGAUGGCGGGGGAAGUGUGUCGGAGCAAGGCCAGGCUGGAUGGGAAAACAGUGCUGAUCACGGGCGCCAACACCGGCAUCGGCAAGGAGACAGCCCUGGAUCUGGCGCGACGAGGGGCCAGAGUGAUCCUGGCCUGCAGGGACUUGACCAAAGCCCACAUGGCGGCCGACGACAUCCGCCAGCAGAGUGGCAACGACAAUGUGGUGGUGAAGAAGCUGGAUCUGGCCUCCUUGCAGUCAGUCCGAGACUUGGCAAGGGAGGUUAUGUUGACAGAGAAUCGCUUGGACAUUCUCAUAAACAAUGCAGGUGUCAUGAUGUGCCCGAAAUGGAAGACGGACGACAACUUUGAAAUGCAGUUUGGCGUCAACCACUUAGGACACUUCCUGCUCACCAACAUUCUCAUCGAUAUGCUGAAGAGGUCCGCGCCGAGUCGAGUCGUCAUCGUCUCCAGCUUGGAGCAUGAGAAGGGUCGCAUCCACUUUGAGGACAUCAACUUGGAGCUAGACUACCAACCUAACGUAAGCUACCGCCAAAGCAAGCUGGCCAAUGUGCUCUUCAGCAGAGAACUGGCCAACAGGAUGAAAGGCACCGGGGUGAACAUGUACUGCCUCAACCCCGGCGUGGCCCGGACCGAGCUGGGCCGCCACUUGAGUCCUACAUCCGUGUGGAAGAACCUGCUCUUGCUGCCUUACCUGAUGACCAUCAAAACUCCCCAGGAAGGAGCUCAGACCUCCAUUUAUUGUGCCGUGGACGAGAGCCUGGCUAACGAAAGUGGCCUCUACUACAGUGACUGCGCCCCCAAGACUCCUGCCCCAGCGGCCUUGGAUGAUAUCGUGGCCAAGAAACUGUGGAGUCUCAGUUCUUCCAUGGUCGACCUGGUCUGAAGUCAGUAUCCCGCUAUUCAUGAUGCACAGGUCAAAAAAGUCAUUUACUGCAUUUUCUUCCCCCGCAUUGGUUUUAAUGAGACCCAUAAACUUUGCACUGUAAACAUUCUGUGAUCUGUGAAAUUAUUAGGGACACAAGAGUUACAAUAAAAUUGUAGUAUUAAAAAAGAUCAAUUUGUGAUGAGAAAAAUGUAGAAAAGACUGUUACUCAUACAUUUUCAUUGUCAUUAAAGUUGAUUUUUUUCAAUGUAAGUUUCUUUCCAGUAUGUCCUUUGUCGCAAAUGUCCUUUUUGUCUAUGGAUGGAGAAAGUCUACACACCCCUGUUCAAAAUUAUUCCAAAACUUUAAUCCUAAAAUGCGAUCUACACCUGUAAACUGACAUAAUGUGGUUGCACAAGUGUGCACACCCUCUUGUGACAGGUGGUGUCACUGUUUGGUAAUUAGCAGUGUUAUUACAAAACCUUCAGGUUUGUGCUCGAAAGAAAAAAGUCAGGAAAAGCAAACAAAGGUUCAAAAUGAUUGUUUUUGUUCUCAUUUUUUAUAUCACAAAACCCAACAACAGUGGCCUGUAGACUUUUGAAUCCUCUGUAUAUCUUUUUUUUUUUAAAUGUAAUUCAACUAUUGAGUUUGUUUUAAAUCCAGUUCAUUAUAUUGCAUGUAUUUGCAUACCUGCAGUUCCAGUUUAAAGUGAAGUUUCAACAUGAAUCAACCUUGGCACGCAAACGUGCAGAGAAUAAAAUAAGUCUUGAACAUUUUUUCUAAUAUUACAACAUUUGACUGAACAUAAAUGAAAAUUUAUGAAACAACUCCCUUCUGUCAUGACCCCUGUGCUAGGACAAUUUAUGUGCACCAAAUUAAACAUAUUUAAGUUAAAACAAAAAAUAUUGUGACUUUGGGUCUGUAUACUUACAUUU